UUUUUCUUUUUGUGUUGAUUUCUUUACGGGAAAGCCACCAAUCCAACCUCUGCAGCUCGUAACUCCGUUGCUAUCUUUUCACCUAUAGAUUGUUUUUUCGUUUUUUUGCGCCUGUCGCACGAACAAGCAAUACGGACCGUGUCCGUUUACCGUUUGUCAAGUCCGACUGUCAUUCUCGAUCGUUUUUAAUCGUCCUGCGAUUACAACAAAACGUCGCACUCCAAAGUAAUUACACUCCACAUUUUUCACUGAUUCUCGUAUCGUAGCUCAGUUUGUUGUAGUCCGCAUCGCCAUCAUCGUCUCAAAAACUUUUCCCGUUUUUUGAUUUGUUUGGCGUACGUUUACGAUCGCACACCGCCGUCAGAUCCGUUAAAAAAAAACCGUAAGUUUGUUUGUCAAGUUUUGAUGCUCAAUUACCUUUGAGUACCUAAAUAUCAAUUGAUAAAAAUGGUUGCUGAUAGUUGCCCAAACCCACAGAGUGUGGGGCGAGAAUUUGUUCGUCAAUAUUACACUAUGUUGAAUCAAUCACCUCAUUACAUGCAUAGAUUCUAUAGUAGCGAUUCAUAUUUUGUUCAUGGCGGUUUGGAGCCAUAUAGCAGGGACAUGACUCCCAGUAUUGGCCAAAAAGAAAUUCAUAAACGUGUUCAAGAAUUGAAUUUUCGCGACUGCCAUGCUAAGAUCUUGCAAGUUGAUUCACAAAACACUCUAGGAAAUGGUGUGGUUGUCCAUGUUACUGGUGAAUUAUCUAACUGUGGGCAACCAAUGCGUCGUUUUGCACAAACGUUUGUAUUGGCAGCACAGUCACCUAAGAAGUAUUAUGUUCAUAAUGACAUUUUUCGUUAUCAGGAUGUGAUGUUGAAUGAAGAUGAUGUGAAUGAUGAAGUAGAUUCUGGACAAUCGGAUGGUGAAGAAAACGGGGAAGUUGAACAAUCGCCUGUUACUCAGCAACCUCAGCAUCAAGUGAAUUAUUACAAUACCACAACUCAAGGACAGGCUUUAAAUGGGGUUGCUUUGAAUGUGAUACCCACUCCGGUACCAGUACAGCAGUUGCUGCCUGAGCAAAUUCCAGUUCAAGUUCAACAACAUAUUCCAACUGUUACUGCUCCGGUUCAAAAUUUGGCUCCUACUGUAUUACCCCCAAGUAAUAAUGUGUCUAGAACUCAACCUACAUACAAUCAAAAUCAAAUAUUGACAGAACAACCUAAACUUCAACAUCAAGAAGAACCUACAAAUCAUAAUGUGGAUAUAAAAGAAAACCAAGAACCUAUUAAGAAAGAUACACCAAUUACUGAAGCUGUUUCGCCUGGAGAUCAACCAAAACCAUUAUAUGCACAGCUCUUCAAGUCAAGUGGACGAUCAACAGAGACUCAUACUGAAGCCCCUCAACCAGUUUCUGUACAGUCACAAAAUUACUCAACACCUUUACCUAAAGCAACUUCACCGGUGCGAAACAAUGAUUAUUCAAGCAAUACCUUUCCUAAUAACCAGUAUGAGCAGAGAGGCAAUGCUAAUAGAAAUGUGAGGAACAACUAUAAUGGUAGAGGUGGUGGAGUUGGUGGUAGAAAUUUAAAUGAUAGACCCAGCAGAAAUUCUUUUAACAAUCGCGAAAAUGGAUACAACAAUGGUCCUGGUAACGACCCAAGGAUUAACAGAGGUAACCAAUCAGGGUCUUACAAUGGUAUGUUCCAGUCUGAUGAACAACAAUUAUUUAUUGGUAAAAUCCCUCCAGAAGUUCAAGAAAGUGACUUACGUAACUUAUUUGAAAAAUUUGGUAAUUUAUUGGAUGUGCGAAUAAUGAAGGGAGGCAGCAAAACUGGUGAUCCAUCUAUGAAUGGCAACUUUGGUUUUGUCAUUUUUGAAAGUAUAGAUACGGCACAUAAAGUAUUAAAGAGUCGACCUAUUAUGCUUCCUGGUGAAAAUGGCAUUAAGUUGAAUGUUGAAGAAAAGAAAAAUAAGUCAAGAAGUUCGAUGGUGAAUUCAGAUGGUGGCAGUGGCGGAGGUGGUGGUGGUUUAGGUCGUGGUGGUAUGCGUACAGGCAAUAAUCGUGGAGGUGGUUUCAAUAGAAACCAAAAUGAUGGACCCAGAAACAACAAUUUUAGGCGUCAAAACUAACAAUAAUAAUAAUAAUAAUAAUUAAGUAUAUUAAAAAAAAAUUACUUCUUUAAAUACUCAAGAUGACCAGAAAAAUCCCUAAUAAAGACGCUGUUCAGAAUUUAAGAAAGACUACAUUUUAUACUUUUUUUUUUUAGAUAGCUUCAAAUUUUAUAUCCUCUGCACUUAUAAAUCUACUUCCUAUUACUAUGUAUCCAUUUUUAUAGUGUUAUACUAUACUUCAAAGUAUUGACCAUGUCCAUAAUAUAUACUAUCAUGUCAUGUAUUGAAUCGCAAACCUAGUCAAGCAAACAUUGUUUUAAAUAUUUUUUUUCAGUUCACAAAUAAUAAUAGUAUUGUUUUAAUUUAAAAUAAGUAAUUUAUUCU